CAGAUGAAAGAUGUUGAGUGGGGGAUGCGGCAGUUCAGGGAGACCAUGCGAAGUGUUCCUUCAUAUGUAGUGUUGACAGUUGGUGUGACGGUGUGAACCAGUGUUUGUUCCCAUGACGUCGUCGUUGAUGGUCGUCGAAGAGAAACUGGCGCUGGCUCUUCCUCUGCCUCGUGCUCGACACAUAAUGUCCGACUUUACGGAUAUGUGGCAGGAUAUUGAGAGCGUGUUGCUGGGUGAGGGGCAGAGCUACUGUAAUCCCGGGGCACCUCCACCACCGGCGCCAUCAGCACCACCGGCACCACCGCCCGCGCCAACAGAAUAUCUGGACUACAGCUACCAUCCUCACUUCAACUCCCACCACCCCAUAAAGAGUGAACCACAGGGAGUGCCGGAGGACAAUCCAGCUCAGUCGGGUUGCAGUGGAUAUGGAAUGUCUUCAUCCUACCUGGGACUGUUGGACGCUAAGCAGGCGAUGUACCAGGGAGGCAGCUAUACCAGCUACCAGACGCAACCCCCCCACUCUGAUGCAUACAACGGUACCAUGACUAUAGUGUCGCCCCCCGCCAGCCCGGACACCCCCCUACCGGUCCUCAGACAUAAUCAGUUCCCGCCACCAGCAACCCCGAGCCCGAACCACCAUCAUCACCACCAUCCCCCCGAAAUGAUGCAUCACCAGUACCCCAUGUCGCAACGUCUUGCCCAUCACCACUACUCCAACAUCAGAGUGAUGACGCCACCCUCAUCGCCACACCUUGCCAACCUCCGGCACCAUCCACACCACCUUCAUACAUCCCCCCAUGCGCCUCCAUCCUCCUUCAUGCCGGGGGAGCAACAGGCCCCGCCACUUACAAAGGCAAAGCGGGGGCGCAGACGGUGGGGACGCAAGAAAGUGACCACGCAUUCGUGCACAUACGCGGGCUGCGUGAAGACCUACACCAAAUCGUCGCACCUGAAGGCCCAUCUACGCACGCACACGGGCGAGAAACCGUACCAGUGCAGCUGGAAGGGCUGCGGCUGGAAGUUCGCCCGCUCGGACGAGCUGACUCGCCACUACCGUAAGCAUACCGGCGACCGGCCGUUCCAGUGCCGGCUCUGCGAGAGGGCGUUCUCGCGUUCCGACCACUUAGCGCUCCAUAUGAAGCGCCAUAUCGCCGUAUGAACUGUGAUAAACUCUCAUCGAAAUAUAGAUGGAAUUUCAUAAUUGUAUAUAAUACUGUUAUGUGUCGGAUGACAUAUAAAAAUUACUAUAAAUUCAGUAAA